AAUAGUUAAUAAAUUUCGCCGUGUUGUGUUGUGCUGUGUAUGCCGUAAAAAAAUCAGAAAAUUAUCAAAAAAAUGUAUUUAAAAUAAAUAAAAAUUAAUUAAAACAUUAGAAAUCUAUAAAUUAAGUGUUGUUAUUAGUUAUUAAAUAAAAUUUGUGUAGAAAUUACAUGUUUAAAACAUCUAUAAUUGGUUUUAAAUGUUGGACCUUAAAAAAACGAUGGCCUCAUUGGCCAGCCGCAAAAAAAUAUACAAUAACUACUGCCACAGUGAAAACUUUACUUUCGCCAAAAGCCAAUUAUUUCAUGUUACCUUUGCCCAUUGGUGUGUGGUUGGAAAACGAAACCUAUCAUUAUAUGCGCAAUCAAAAACAGGGCUUAAAUCUUAUAUUCCGUGGUUAUAUGUACAAAAAAGAAGCCAGUUUUCGUUCGACCAUCAAUUGGAUCUGUUCCAGUGGUAAUGGUAAACGUGUAUCGGAAAAUAAAUGCACUGCUAGAUGUAUAACAAAAGUAGAAGGCGGUUUGAAAUUGGGAAAGAAUCCGCACAAUCAUCCACCCAAAUUUACCGAAGAUGCACUGCCCGCUAACUUAAUAAAGAUAGAUGGUCUUUUGCCACAACGUUUAAAAUUGUUUUAGAAAAGAAAACAAAACAUUGCCACUGCUAUUCAUAAAUAAUUUAUAUUAAAUUAAUGUAUAUAAGAUUAACUACAUAUUAAUAAAAGUAAUACGUUUUUAAAAAAAUCAUUAGACCCAUUAAAUAAAGUAGCAUUUAAUAUUUACUUAGUUGUUUACUUAAACCUUAAAAAUGUGUAUUAUUAUAAUUUUUAGUUUAAGCUUUAGUUAAUACCUGAUUUUUUAUAUCUUUUUGUAAAC